AGAACGUGGAUUAGUCCAAUUUAUCCAUGGGGACUGUGAUGAUGUCCCAAUUGUGGAUGCUGAGAUGGGCCAUCCUACUAAUUGGACUGCCGUCAACACAAGCAGACUUUAUGCCAGAUUAUGCAGAUGGUACAGCAGAUCCCAUGGACCAUUUUUGGCCAACAAUGAAAGUGUUCCCCACCACAACAAAUGUGAUCAUAACUACAACUGAACCAAAUCCCGAUCAUCAGUCCACAGUCUGCAGCACAUGGGGAAAUUUCCACUUCAAGACCUUUGAUGGUUAUUUCUUUCAACAGCCAGACACGUGUAACUACGUUCUGGCUGUGAUGUGUGACAUCACAUCUUCUGAUUUUAACAUCCAAAUGCAAAGAAAGACAGAAAAUGGCUUAAUCACUUUCAGCACAGUCUCAAUAAAGCUGGAGGGGACAGUCAUCAAACUCAGUAAUGGCGACAUCACCAUGGAUGAAGAAGUGGUGUCUAUUCCAACCUAUAAGAAUGGAAUUAAAAUUGAGGGAAGCCGAUCAAGUCUCAAAAUCACUAACAAACAUGGAGUGACUGUCUAUUGGGAGGAAGACCAGUCAGUAUUGAUUGAACUUCCUGAAAAGUACCAAGGCCAGACCUGUGGACUCUGUGGAAACUUUAACGGCAACAGAAUGGACGAUUUCAGUGACACUGGCCUGGCCGCAUGGAAGUUGUCUUCACCAACUGAAUCCUGUGAGGACAUUACACUUGACCCCAUUGAUAACUGUAUAAACCAGACAAGAAUUUGUCAGCAGUAUCUCAGCAGUUCGGGGUUUGAUGAUUGUCACCGUGUCUUGGACAUGAGUUCAUAUGAAAAGACCUGUGUAAACGACCUGUGUCAAUGUUACGGGAAACACGACUGUCUCUGCGACACACUCACAGAGAUUUCACGACAGUGCACGCAUGCAGGUGGCAGACCAGGAACAUGGAGAACAGACCAGCUCUGUCAGAAGAAUUGCACACUAAACCUGGAAUACUUGGAGUGUGGCAGUCCAUGCAGAGACACCUGCACUGACCCAGAAGGAAGCAAGUUGUGUAAAGAUCACUGUGUGGAUGGCUGUUUCUGCCCUGAGGGCACUGUGGAAGAUGACAUUGGUCACAGUGGUUGUGUUCUUAUCGGUGAGUGCCCAUGUGAGCACAAUGGUACACUAUACCAAUCAGGAGAGUCAUAUACACAAGCAUGUAAAACAUGUGUGUGUGCUGCUGGAUAUUGGAAUUGCAUGGAUCUGGAAUGUCCCGGAAUCUGCUCUGUUGUUGGAGGGUCUCACAUCACCACUUAUGAUGGAAAAAGCUUCACCUUCAGCGGCAGCUGUGAUUACAUCCUCACUAAGCACUCCAGUGAUAGUGAUAUUGCUGUCCUGGGAAAUCUGGCAAAGUGUGAUCCAGCCCGAACAGACACUUGUCUAAAUUCGGUUACCCUUGUCGUCUCCGGAACCACUAUUAGUUUUUCUUCUGGUGGAACUGUGACACUGAAUGGAAACAGCCCAUAUGGACUUCCUGCCUACAUAGAUGGUGCGGUCAUCUUCCAGCCCUCUUCAUCCUUCAUCAUUGCUGAUUUGAAGAGUCUUCGUCUAGAGAUCCAGUUGGCUCCAGUCAUGCAGUUGUAUAUUGUAGCCAGCCCUGAAGAGCAAGGGAAACUGAGUGGUCUGUGUGGGAACUAUAACAAUGUCCUAAAAGAUGACUUUAAAAUGGAAUCAGGCAUUACAGAGGGGACAUCAACAACAUUUGUCAACUUUUGGAAACACUCGUACAGUUGUCCUGAUCUUGAAAGCACAUUUGAAAACCCCUGUAGUCUGAAUGUGGAAAUAGAGAAAUUCGCUAAAGACUUGUGUUCCAGCCUCACAAACCCAAAUGGAACCUUUGCCCCAUGUCAUUCAGAAAUAUGUCCUGAGAUUUAUUAUGAAAGGUGCGUCUAUGACACCUGUAAGUGUGCAGAUAUUAAGAAGUGUAUGUGCGCGUCCCUGUCCACCUAUGCCCAUGCCUGUGCUGCCAGAGGAAUCAUUCUCCAGGACUGGAUGGAUUCAGAACACUGUGACACGAUUUCGGAGUGUUCAAACAACAUGAAGUACUCCUACAACGUGACCAGCUGUGGCAGCACCUGUCGUUCUCUCAGUGGGCAAGAUUACACCUGCAAAUUAUCCACACCUGUAUAUGGAUGUGUCUGUCCUGAGGGCACCUACCUCAAUGAUGCAGGCAGCUGUGUGCAUGCUGACCAAUGUCCUUGUUACUCUGGAAGCCAGGUCAUAGAGCCAUCUGGAAUAUUCUUCAAGGAUGGGGUUAAAUGUACCUGUAAUCUCGGCAUAUUACACUGCUCAAGCAAAGAAGAUUGUGUGGAUCCAAUGGUCUUCUUCAACUGCUCAAGUUAUGAACCAAGACAAAAAGGAACAGAGUGUCAGAGAACAUGCCAGAACCAAGACCCAAACAAUUGCGUGAGUACAGGGUGUGUAUCAGGAUGUAUGUGCCCAGAUGGCCUUCUGGCAGAUGGUAAAGAUCGGUGUGUAGAGAAGAGAAACUGCCGAUGCAUCCACAAUGGAGUCACCUAUUUACCUGGCGACCAAGUUCAAGAGGAUUGUAACAAAUGCACAUGCAUAGAUGGGAUGUGGAGUUGUACAAAAAAGCCAUGCUAUGGCACUUGUACCAUCUAUGGUGAAGGUCAUUUCAAGACAUUUGAUGGCAAGAGAUAUUCCUUCCACGGAGACUGUGAAUCCAUCUUAGCUCACGAUUAUUGCGAAAUGGACCACAGUCCCUCUUUCCGCCUGGUCACAGAGAACAUCCCCUGUGGCAGCACCAACUCCAUUUGUUCCAAGUCCAUCGAUCUUUACAUUGGGAGAUAUAAGAUGAUGUUAACCAAGGAGAAUGGAGUCAACGUUAAGGUUGAAACCAAUGGCACUGAUUAUGAAUAUCAAAUCUAUUCAGCCGGGAUUUACAUUGUCAUUGAGGUCAGAGAACUUUUAAACUUAAUCUGGGACAAUAAGACAAGUCUGAUGCUCCAACUGCAUCCCAGCUUAAAGGGCAAGGUGUGUGGACUGUGUGGGAACUUUGAUGGUAAUGCAAAUAAUGACUUUAUGAAGCAUAAUGGAGAAGAGGUAGCAGAUGCAGAUGCAUUUGGGAAUAGCUGGAAGGUGAAUCCAAGCUGUCCAGAUGGGACAAACAGGAUGAACCCUUGUGAAGAAAAGCCACAUCGAAGUGCCUGGGCUAUCAAACAAUGCAGCAUCAUCAACAACAUUGUCUUUAAAGAUUGCCAUUCACUUGUGGACUCUGUCCCAUAUUAUGAUGCCUGUGUAAGGGACACUUGUGCAUGUGACACUGGGGGUGAUUGUGAUUGUUUCUGUACUGCGGUGGCAGCCUAUGCUGCUGAAUGCCGAAAAAUGGGAGCUUGUGUGGCAUGGAGGAGCCCAAGCAUUUGUCCUUUAUUCUGUGACUUCUACAACAACCCUCCGAAUGAAUGUGAGUGGCACUAUAAAACCUGUGGAUCCUGCAUGAAAACCUGCAAAAACCUUAAUGGAACUUGCUCCCCUCAAAUUCCUCCACUUGAGGGAUGUUUUCCUCAGUGUCCUUCAGAGAGGCCAUAUAUGAGAGAGGAGACAAUGAAGUGUGUUACAAUAGAAAUAUGUAAUUACUGUUUUUAUAAUGGGAUUGAAUAUCCGCCUGGAUCAGUUGUUUACAACACCACAGAUGGGCAUGAUUCGUGUUUAAUAGCUGUGUGUCAAGAAAACGGAGAAAUAAAAAGAAAUGUUGUUCCUGACUGUUAUCCAACCACAACAACACCUUUCACUUUCACAUCUACAUCUACAUCCACAUCAGCAGAAACAUCUACAACUAAAAAAACAUCAACAGAGACAUUUACAACCACAUCCACCACUACACCAACUACUACUGUGACACAAACAUUUACAGAGACAGAAACAACAGCUCCAACAACUGUUACAAUAACGCCUACAUCAACAGAAACCCCCUCUACAACUAGUAUAUCCACUGGUACAACAACACCCACAUCAACAGAAAAACCCUCUACAACUAGUAUAUCCACUGGUACAACAACACACACAUCAACAGAGACAUUUACAACCACAUCCACCACUACACCAACUACUACUGUGACACAAACAUUUACAGAGACAGAAACAACGGCUCCAACAACUGUUACUAUAACGCCUACAUCAACAGAAACACCCUCUACAACUAUUUCAACUACAGUUACAACAACACCUCAUGUCUGUGAUUGUGAGUGGUCAAAUUGGAUUGACAGCAACACACCCAGUAAAGAACCCAAAGGAUUCGAAACAGAGUCAAUCACUGUUUUGUGGAAUUCAGCAAAGAUUUCUUGUCAGAGCCCAAGCGAGAUUGAAUGUAGGGCAGUAGACUAUCCAGAAAACUCCUUGGAUGAAAUGGGACAAGAAGUAUAUUGCAAUACAUCCUAUGGUCUGACAUGUUCAAAUGAAGACAAUGCGGAUGGCUUAAUACCAUUAUGUCGUAAUUACGAAAUACGUGUAAGAUGUUGUGAAGCUAUGUGUACUACAACCUACUCUACUGUUACACCCACAAGUAAAACCACCGAAACACCUACGACAUCUUCCAUUAAAACAACUGUGGUAUCAACAACACCCACAUCAACAGAAACACCCUCUACAACUAGUAUAUCCAGUGGUACAACAACACCCACAUCAACAGAAACAUUUACAACCACAUCCACCACUUCACCAACUACUACUGUGACACAAACUUUUACAGAGACAGAAACAACAGCUCCAACAACUGUUACAAUAACGCCUACAUCAACAGAAACCCCCUCUACAACUAGUAUAUCCACUGGUACAACAACACCCACAUCAACAGAAACACCCUCUACAACUAGUAUAUCCACUGGUACAACAAUACCCACAUCAACAGAGACAUUUACAACCACAUCCACCACUACACCAACUACUAUUGUGACACAAACAUUUACAGAGACAGAAACAACAGCUCCAACAACUGUUACAAUAACGCCUACAUCAACAGAAACCCCCUCUUCAACUAGUAUAUCCACCGGUACAACAACACCCACAUCAGCAGAAACACCCUCUACAACUAGUAUAUCCACUGGUACAACAACACCCACAUCAGCAGAAACACCCUCUACAACUAGUAUAUCCACUGGUACAACAACACCCACAUCAACAGAGACACCCUCUACAACUAGUAUAUCCACUGGUACAACAAUACCCACAUCAACAGAGACAUUUACAACCACAUCCACCACUACACCAACUACUAUUGUGACACAAACAUUUACAGAGACAGAAACAACAGCUCCAACAACUGUUACACUAACGCCUACAUCAACAGAAACACCCUCUACAACUAGUAUAUCCACUGGUACAACAACACCCACAUCAGCAGAGACACCCUCUACAACUAGUAUAUCCACUGGUACAACAAUACCCACAUCAACAGAGACAUUUACAACCACAUCCACCACUACACCAACUACUAUUGUGACACAAACAUUUACAGAGACAGAAACAACAGCUCCAACAACUGUUACAAUAACGCCUACAUCAACAGAAACCCCCUCUUCAACUAGAAUAUCCACCGGUACAACAACACCCACAUCAACAGAAACACCCUCUACAACUAGUAUAUCCACUGGUACAACAAUACCCACAUCAACAGAGACAUUUACAACCACAUCCACCACUACACCAACUACUACUGUGACACAAACAUUUACAGAGACAGAAACAACAGCUCCAACAACUGUUACAAUAACGCCUACAUCAACAGAAACCCCCUCUUCAACUAGUAUAUCCACUGGUACAACAACACCCACAUCAACAGAAACCCCAUCUUCAACUAGUAUAUCCACUGGUACAACAACACCCACAUCAACAGAAACACCCUCUACAACUAGUAUAUCCACUGGUACAACAACACCCACAUCAACAGAGACAUUUACAACCACAUCCACCACUACACCAACUACUAUUGUGACACAAACAUUUACAGAGACAGAAACAACAGCUCCAACAACCGUUACAAUAACACCUACAUCAACAGAAACACCCUCUACAACUAGUUCAACUACAGUUACAACAACACCUCAUGUCUGUGAUUGUGAGUGGUCAAAUUGGAUUGACAGCAACACACCCAGUGAAGAACCCAAAGGAUUCGAAACAGAGUCAAUCACUGUUUUGUGGAAUUCAGCAAAGAUUUCUUGUCAGAGCCCCAGCGAGAUUGAAUGUAGGGCAGUAGACUAUCCAGAAAACUCCUUGGAUGAAAUGGGACAAGAAGUAUAUUGCAAUACAUCCUUUGGUUUGAUAUGUUCAAACGAAGACAAUGCAGAUGGCUUGAUACCAUUAUGUCGUAAUUACGAAAUACGUGUAAGAUGUUGUGAAGCUAUGUGUACUACAACCUAUUCUACUGUUACACCCUCAAGUACAACCACCGAAACACCUACGACAAAUUCCAUUACAACAACUGUGGUAUCAACAACACCCACAUCAACAGAGACAUUUACAACCACAUCCACCACUACACCAACUACUACUGUGACACAAACUUUUACAGAGACAGAAACAACAGCUCCAACAACUGUUACAAUAACGCCUACAUCAACAGAAACCCCUCUACAACUAGUAUAUCCACUGGUACAACAACACUCACAUCAGCGGAAACACCCUCCACAACUAGUAUAUCCACUGGUACAACAACACCUACAUCAACAGAAACACCCUCUACAACUAGUAUAUCCACUGGUACAACAACACCUACAUCAACAGAAACACCCUCUACAACUAGUAUAUCCACUGGUACAACACCACCUACAUCAACAGAAACACCCUCUACAACUAGUAUAUCCACUGGUACAACAACACCCACAUCAACCGAGACAUUUACAACCACAUCCACCACUACACCAACUACUACUGUGACACAAACCUUUACAGAGACAGAAACAACAGCUCCAACAACUGUUACAAUAACGCCUACAUCAACAGA